AUGGAGAAUCCUUAUCCUGCCUGCGCUGUCGGCCAUCUUGAGGUUGCCCUUACAGCUGGAAGAUUGUAUUGUCUGCGAGAAAAGGCACGCCAGGUUGACAUGGACAACAGCGCGGCACGUGCAGACUGUUACGCAAGAAGGAAUUCAGCGAAGGAGAGGGAGACGGUGACAAAAGUUGGUAUGAAGAUUGGAGACAGGUGGAAGAAGUUUGUGAAAGACGUUGGACAAGGCCCAUACUCCCCCGAAGACAUCGAUAUGUGUGUGAAGUUGCGACAAGAGAUGCAUGCGGGCUUGCAGCUUCCGUUCUGCCACAAGUUUGAUGGCCAGCUCGACCCCGACGGCGAUAGGCUCACACAAUGGACUGACCCGAUGCACCUAGGGAGUCCGAUUUCCAACAAGUACAUGGCAUUUAUCAAGGUGUACCUCGACCGUCUGGCUAAGGAGGAGGAGUUGAGGCGGUGUAGAGUGUAG